AAUAUGACUAGACCUCUCUAUGACAAAUUGGUGACACGUAUUAGUCGGCCGACACGUGGCAACAUAUGAACUCUCCAACGAUCUCUCAUUUCGGUUCAUUUUCUCAAGAUCUCAUCUCCUUCCUCGGCAUCAUCUUCUCCCUUUCAAUUGUUUCUCUUCUCCACCAAUUCAUCUAAUUGAUUCAAUCAAUUUCGCAUCGUACAAUUCUAAUAAUUUAAUCAGUAGCAAUGUCCGGCGUGUCCGUGGGCGUAUCUCCGGCAUCGCCGGCGGCGAAGGUUUCGCCGCCGCCGACGGCAUCUUCGGGAGGAGGGGUGAUGGGGUCCCUCCGCGUGAUUGAGCUCCAGCUGGUGGCGUUCAUCAUGAUCUUCUCCGCGAGCGGUCUCGUCCCCCUCCUCGACCUCGCCUUCCCGGCGCUGGCCUCGGCCUACUUCGUCGUGCUCUCGCGCCUCGUCUUCCCCGCCUCCGCGGCGCCGCCCGGGAAGUCGCCCGAGAUCUUCCAGGGCGGCCGCCUCUUCCGCGCGUACGUCGUCGCGGGGACCACCGUGGGGCUGUUCCUGCCGCUGGCGUACGCGCUGGGCGGGUUCGCCCGGGGAGACGACCACGCGGUCCGGUCCGCGACGCCGCACUUGUUCCUCUUGUCGUUCCAGAUAUUGACGGAGAACAUUGUGAGUGGUUUGUCGCUCUUCUCGGCGCCGGUGAGGGCGCUCGUGCCGAUUAUGUACACCGUGCGACGGAUCUUCGUGGUGCUUGAUUGGAUCAACGAUGUCUGGGUCAACAAGACCCUCCCGGCUAACGCGGAUUUCGAUGAAGUGGGGUGGUUCUGGUUCGGGAGGGGUUUGGCAGUGUUAAAUAUGGCGUAUUUCUCAGUGAAUCUGUUUUGCUUUCUAAUUCCGAGGUUUUUGCCGAGGGCGUUUGAGAGGUAUUUUAAAGAGAGAGACGCCGAGACACUUGCCAAAUCCGCUCAUGAUAAAUUCAAGACUGCAUCACCCAAAUCCGACACAAAGGCUGAUUGAUUUCAUCUUAAUAUCUCUCUCACUAUUUUGGUCUCUCUCUAUUUUGGUGGUAAGAAUUUUUAUAUUCCCCUUGUCCCAUUAAAUAUGAAACGUUUCCUUUUUCACACAUGUUUUGAAAAAAUGAUAAUAAAUAAUUAAA